AUGGAUGGAGAGAAAGAUUGUCAACAGAAGAAAGGGACUCGGAGUAGCUUUCCAUCUCAGAGCAAUGCGUCGAGUACGCCUCUCGUAUCAGGGGAAGAAACGGAUUGGGAGAGUAUGCUCAAUACGGAGAGGCAGAGGGGCGAUCUCGGGGACAUGACAUUUUGCAUGGCAAAUUAUCUGAAGGAAGCUAUGAAGAUGAUGUUCAUGAUGCGCAGCCAUCAUAUGCUGACUGAUGUAAUACUUGAAGUUGGUUCUGAAUUGUUCCACGCGCAUAAAGUUAUUUUAGCAGCAGCUAGUCCCUACUUUAAGGCAAUGUUUACAGGAGGAUUAAAAGAAUGCGAGAUGACAAGAGUGAAACUCCAAGGUGUUUGCCCAACUACAAUGGCUCGUUUAAUGUACUUUAUGUACACUGGUCAAAUAAGAGUCACUGAGAUUACAGUGUGUUCACUGCUAUCAGCAGCUACUAUGUUCCAAGUCACUAAUGUGAUAGAUGCGUGUUGCGUUUUUCUGGAGAGACAACUGGACCCCACAAAUGCAAUUGGAAUUGCUAACUUUGCAGAGCAGCACGGUUGCCAUGAUUUGUACCAUAAGGCAAAUCAGUUCAUCGUUCAGCAUUUCAAUCAGAUAUGCCAAGAGGAGGAAUUUUUACAACUAUCCGCCAUACAGCUGGUGGCACUCGUGAGGAAAGACGAAUUGAAUGUACAAGAGGAAAGAGAGGUUUACAACGCCGUGCUGAAGUGGGUCAAAUAUAACGAAGAGGCGAGGCGGCCCAAGAUGGAACACAUUUUGCACGCGGUACGGUGCCAGUAUCUCACGCCGAAUUUUCUGCGAGAACAGAUGAAGAACUGCGACGUGCUAAAAAAGGUACCGGCGUGCCGCGAGUAUCUAGCACAGAUUUUCAAGGACUUGACGUUACAUAAGAAGCCGAUUGUCAAGGAGCGUACACCCAAUACACGACGGGUGAUAUAUAUUGCUGGUGGUUUUUUCAAGCAUUCACUUGACGUAUUGGAGGGCUAUAAUGCCGACGAUAAGACGUGGACGCAGCACGCCAAACUGAUCGUACCUAGAUCCGGUUUAGGCGGCGCCUUCCUCAAAGGAAUGUUCUACGCGGUCGGCGGCAGGCAUAAUUCACCGGGCAGCAGAUACGACAGCGACUGGGUCGAUAGGUAUAAUCCGAUGACGGAUCAAUGGCGACCUUGCAGCCCAAUGUCGGUACCGAGAAAUAGAGUCGGAGUUGCCGUGAUGGAUGGCUUGUUGUAUGCCGUAGGCGGUAGCGCGGGUGCCGAGUAUCACAAUAGCGUCGAAUGUUACGAUCCGGAUCAGGACACAUGGACUAGUGUCAAAUCUAUGCACGUCAAGAGAUUGGGCGUAGGAGUAGCAGUAGUGAAUAGAUUGCUGUAUGCGAUUGGCGGCUUUGACGGCAAGGACCGACUCAGCUCAGUUGAGUGUUACCAUCCUGAGAACGACGAGUGGACGAUGGUGCCGCCUAUGAAAUGCAGUCGCUCCGGGGCCGGAGUAGCUAGUCUGGGUCAGUACAUAUAUGUUAUAGGCGGAUACGACGGAAAAUCACAAUUGAAUUCGGUAGAGAGAUAUGACACAGAACGGGACAUUUGGGAAAAUGUGAGCAGCGUUAGUAUCGCUCGCAGUGCGCUCAGUGUCACCGUCCUCGACGGCAAAUUAUACGCAAUGGGAGGAUACGAUGGCUCGACAUUCUUAAAUAUAGUAGAAAUUUACGAUUCGACUCAGGACCAAUGGAUCGAAGGUGUGCCUAUGACAUCAGGGAGAUCUGGCCAUGCCAGCGCGGUAUCGUACUAUCAGUGUCCCAUGCAUUGCGAUCAUUUGGAUCAUAAUAUCACGCUAGAGAAACCGCCGUCGUGAUAUAUAGACUGAGCCAAUUUUUUGAGUAAUGUUUAAUAGCAACAAUGACAUCAUUCUUUCAUUUACGAAAGAGAAGUGUAAAACUGUAAAAAACACAUCAAUCUUCUCAAUCGACAUUUAACGGAACUCGACUGAUAAGUGCAUUAUAUAACACUAGAUGAUACGCGACAUGUGUCAUUGAACCGAAUCAAGAUGGAUUGAUUAUAAAAAUAGUGACUAGCUGACAAAAAGCGCAUUCUCAGCAAGACAAAGUAAGUUUUGUAAAUUUAUUAAUGGACCAAUUUAUCGUAUCCGUUAGAAUAAAUAUGCGACUGUGUUACAUACUUUAUAGUUUUAUUGUAACUUUUUAAUUAUAGAUGACUGUAAUUAAUAGAUAUAUAUAUAGAUAGAAAAAUAAUAUAUGUACAUAU